AUUUGAGUGUAUAGAUUGCAGGUUGCUAGUUGUAUGCUAACAUACCGGUACUUACUGUAACUGUUGUUUCAAAUACUUCCUACAGACUACAACAUGUUAACCUCAAGGAUAAUAUUAGAUUUUUUCCUUUUAAUAUGUCUUUUUAGUGUAUUUGUUCUUGGGUCUUCUGAAGAAGCUCCCUACCUGCUUAUGACCCCUAGUGGGAACCAGUUUAUCAAAAAUGGUAAAGAUAUUAACGUGGAAUGUAAAGUGAUGAAUACAACAUCACCAUAUGAUAUAACUUGGUAUAAGAACAAUCAACCACUACAAACACAAGGACAUUAUAUCAUCCAAGGAAACAAAUUCUCAAUUCGGUCGCCUGGUAGCAAACAAGUUGGAACAUAUUCCUGCGAAGCAAUUGUGGAAACUAUUGAUGGAUCAGUAAUGCUGGAACGCUCUAUAACAUAUGGAGAACCGAUUCACAUCGAAGCCAUGGACACCAUCAGAUACAGCAAGGGAGAAAUUGCACACAUAGUGUGUACAGCAACGUCGAGCCCUCUACCAGUAGUCACAUGGUCUAUAAAUAACAUGAACGUUUCAGUUGCUAUAGACAGUGGAAACACAAGUCACUACCAGCAAGUUGGGCGUAACGAUGGACCUCAUGGCUGGAAGUCAACUCUAAGAGUGUUGGACCUCUCAUAUUCUGACACUGGCGUCUAUAAUUGUACUGCCUUCAAUGGGAUCCACCAAGAGCACAAGGCAAUUCGCGUCACAGUACAAGAUCGCAUGGCUGCUGUCUAUCCUUUCUUGGGCAUUGUUACUGAGUGUACAAUCCUAAUUAUUGUGAUCCUGAUUCAGGAGAAAUGUAGUGAAGACAGUUAUGACGAAUGUGAUGCAUUAAACAAGAACGACGAAAAAGCUGAACUUUUAGAAAAAGGAAACUUAAAAUAAAUCAAAAGUAUAUCAAUCCUGUAAGAAUUAUUUUGAAAGUUAUGGCAAUAAAUUGCAAUAUAUUAUUUCUAGACAUGAAAACUAAUUAGUUUCCAUUUACUGUGAAAGUCAACAUAGUCUUGUUUAUUCGUUUUCAUGUUACUGUGAAAGACAAACUUAAAGAAGUUUCGUAGGAGGUUUGUUGCUUUUAGUCUGAAAAAAAUCCUAAUAGAUUCUCGUAAUUUCUUCUUUUAUAAAUUGUAUUAACUCUAAAAUCCUUCGCUUCGCACAGUUUUUUUUUUAUAACAACAACUAUAGGUAGGUUUUUCUUUUUUAAUCAAGUACAUUAAAUUUGAUGAGGGGAUGAAAUUCCACAAAUCCCACCUCAGUCACACGUCGGGAACAUAUGCAAAUUAGCUAAAAUAUGCAAAUUAGGUUGAAAUAGGGUUCUCAUAUCUUGGCAGUCGCAGAGAGUUGCUUCCUGUUAAUUAUGCAAAUUAAGGAAGAAAAUAUGAGGUACCAUAUCUUCGCAACCGCUGGUCGAAGGGAGUUUCUUUUUCAAAUUAUCCGGAACAUGUAUGUUUCUAUCCGCUCUAAUAGAAAAUUUGCUAAUUUUCUAAGGAAGAAAAUAUGAGGUACCAUAUCUUCGCAACCGCUGGUCACAGGGAGUUUCUUUUUCAAAUUAUCCGGAACAUGUAUGUUUCUAUCCGCUCUAAUAGAAAAUUUGCCAUAAAAAUUACCGGAAAUGCUACAACUCACCUUUGACCUUAUAUUCACUGAAUUCGCAUAUUUCUGUGACUAUUGUCAGUAGAAACAUGCAUGCUUUUCAUUAUAUGAAUAAAAGGGAUGAAAUUCCACAAGUUACACCUCUGUCACACGUCAGGAGCAUUAAACAAAUUAACUAUGUUAAUUAGGUGUGAAAUUAGGGGUCCUGUAUCUUGGCAACAGCAAAUAACAGACGUGCUAAAACUGAUCUUUGACCCUAUAUUCACAGAAUUUGCAUACUGUAUAUCUCUGAGACUAAUGUCUGUAGAAACCUAAUGUAUUGUUGAAUUUAUUCAAAUUCAUGUUUCUUUCAUUUUAUUAAAGAGGAUUAAUAUCUUAAACAUUAUCCUUGUCACAUGUCCCGUUUUUGUAUAUAAAAUGUACGUCCUGAGCUUAAUUAUGCCAGUUAGAGAUGAAAAUAUAGGGUUCUCAUAUCUUGAAAACUGCUGGUGUCAAGUAGUUGCUUUCUUUUUUUAGCAUUUUAGAAGGUGCAUGUUUCAAUUUGCUUCAGUGUAUGUAUGCACCAGUAUAUAAUUCAGGUUUUGAUUCACUGUACAGUAUAUAAUAUGGGAUGAAAGUCUAGAAAUCAUACCUUGGCCACUUGCACUCUUUAUAUGUAGUUUUACCUAAAUAUGCAAAUUAAAAGCAGAAAUCGUUGCUUUCCUUUUUUGCAAUUGUUCAGAGCAGCAUGGAGAAAUGCAAUAUUUGAUCAUUUUGGAAUAUAUUUAUUAUUCUCAAAAUAAUUAUCAAAUAAUUAUUUUUCUGAAAAUAUUAUUUGAUGUUCCCUGUAAUAAGACUACCAACGCCCUCGUUUAUAACCAGCUCCUCGCUCUACAUUUUCGUGUAACUCCAUGACUACUUGACAUUGGUUUCAAAUUAAUUAGAAAGUAUGCCUAUAAUUUAUAUAAUAUAUUUUUAAACUAGAAAAGUUAUCACGUAAAAUUAUCAGAACUCAAACAUAAUAUGACCCAUGUUUCCCAUAACUACCGAUCAUCCUAAGUUUAAAAAUCUGUUGAAUAUUAAAAUCUGCGGUAGAUGGUUUAACUUUAAAUUUAUGUAAUAUGAAACAAUGAUUUAUAAGUGUAUUUUAAUGAUCAGUAUAUUUUAACUUGAAAGUUAUUAUGUAAUACAAAAAGGCUUGCUUGUGAAGAACGCACUGCAAACACCUGAUCAAGCUCUUUCAUCGACUUCUCGCGAAAGCCUUUUUCAGAAAAAAUGUUAUUACAUUUAUCAUUAAUGACUAUAUCUUCACAUAAAAAUUUUAUGUGACCAGGAUGAAGACCGAUCUCUAUGGGUAAUGUAAGGUCAAAGCUCCAUUGCAGCAUUUUCAAUUUUAAUUUGUAUAUUUUAGAGCGAAUUUGGAUAUGAAUAGUGCAUUUGAUUAUAAUGUGAUUAUAGAUUUCUAUCCUUGUUAUUAUUAUAUUUUUAAAAAAAACAUUGAAUAAUUUGACAUAAGUCGCAGAGACGCAAUCAGUAAAUAUCAGGUCAAAGGUGAAUUCUAUCAUUUGGUGAAGAGUUUCUACUAGAGCCAAUAAAACAUACAUAUUUCGUACAAUUUAAAAAAGAAAGCAACUCCCUGUGACCAGCUAUUGUCAAGAUAUAGGAACCUUUUUCAUUCCUAAUUUGCAUAUUUUAAAGCUCAUUUGCAUAUGAACAGUACAUGUGACCAUGGUGUGAUUAUAGAUUUCCAUCUCUUCUAUUUGAAAAGAAACAUGUGUUUAAAUAAUUUAAGACCUAAAUCAAGAUUCUACGGAAAGUAGUCACAGAGAUAUGCAAAUUUGGUGAUUAUAAGGUCAAAGGUCAAUUUUAGCAUUUCCGUUCAUUUUUGUGGCAAAUGUUCCAUUACAGCAAAUAGAAAUAUGCAUAUUCCGUACAAUCUGAAAAAGAAAGCAACUCUAAGUGACUUGCCAAAAUAUGAGAACCUUUUAUUUUCUAAUUUGCAUGUUUUAGAGCUAAUUUGCAUAUGAACAGUACAUUUGACCAUAGUGUGAUUAUAAAUGUUCAUCCCUUUUAUUUAUAUAAUGCAAAUAAAGAUAAAUUUGAAUGAUUUGAGACCCAAAAAUUUUUUUAUGUACAUUAGCGACAGAGAUAUGCAAAUUCAAUGAAUAUAUGGUCACAGGUCAAUUGUAGUAUUUCCGUUCAUUUUAUGGGCAAAUAUUCCAUUAGAGCAAAUAGAAACAUGCAUAAUUUGAAAAAGAAAGCAACUCUCUGCGACCAUCGGUUGCCAAGAUAUGAGACUCAUAUAUUUUCAACCUAAUUUGCAUAUUUUAGCUAAUAUGCAUAUGUUCCCGAUGUGUGAGCGAUUUGUGAUUUGUGGAAUUUCAUCCCCUCAUCAUAUGUACUUGAUUAAAAAAGAAAAACCUUUGUAUGCAUUUGUUUGACUUUUGGCUAUUUUUUUUAGCUAGAUUGCCUAGCCUAAAAUAGUACUUUCAAAAUACAAAUUUUUAUCCCGAAAAGCCUACAUGUACUUAAUGUAAAAUAUAAAGUGUCUUGCCUAAGGAAACACAUUUAAUGGAUCUUGGUAGGAUAUAUUUUUACAAGUGCUAUUAGUGGCGUAUCUAGGUGAGGCUAAAGAAACUAGCUCCCUCAGCUGUCGCUCCCCUCCCCCCACCACCAUUACAAUAGAUUGAAGCAAGCUCAAGUAGUUAAAAACACCUCAUAUCACCAUAUUUUGCGAUGUGACACCCUCUCACUUAUAUCAUCUUCGCACCCUCCUCAGCUCAACAUUUUAAGACUUAGAUAUGCCACUGAGUGGUAGAGAAUAUUCAUUCCCAUAGAUAAUGGCUAGAAUACAUAAUAAUACAUAAAUCUCACUACUGCAUAUACUAACUGUAAAUAAAACUGUAUUUCUCUUUUAUUUAAGAACAUUGGCCAUAUGUGAAUCUAGUUACCUUCAAUUGAAGGCACAGAAUUUUAAAAAUAUCUUACUGCAAUUAUUUGUCUUUUUUAAGUAGGCUAACGUCUGAAAGGGGGUUGUCACAGACGCAAAGUUAUAAUGGUAGUAUUGAUUUGAUAUAACAUAGAUACAUAAUCAAAUUAACAUUUUUGCUGUUUGUAAUUUUCAUGUCUGGAAAAUGACAUGCUGUAAAUUAAGUUUGAUAUAUUUACAUAUAUUUUGGUGUAUGACUAUUCUAAUUCUAAGGAAAUGUGUGAUUACGUUGGAAAUAAAAAUAAUCUGGGAUUUCA